CGCUCUACCAGACACUUUUUUCUCUAACUGAACUGUGAUUUCAAAAUCAUCUUAAAUAAAAGCUAACCUGUUUAAGAUUUCAUUUUCUUUAAAACUUUUUAUGCAUAAAUUCACUCUGUAAAAAGGUACUCCACCCCCGGUUUAAAGUAGAUUACCAUGUCACCUGAGUUCUCUAGUUACCCAAAGAGGACAUUACUGAAUCUAAGGAAUUUCCUUUUCAGUUUCACCAAAGCAGCACAAUUUUGACAACUGAAGCCUUGAUGCACUUAUAAGAAUAAAAUAUUUUACAAUGCAUCAUAACAAAGGCAAUGUUUUUUGUUUUAAACAGCCAAUGACUUCUCCUCGUAUUAUAACAUCCCAUCUGAUGGCAUCCCACCAUGCACCAACAGGAAUUCAAGUACCACAAAAGGUCAAAUGUGACAGAUGUGUCCCUCUUCAACCUGGCCCUUUCAGACCUCCUCUUCCUUUUCUCAUUGCUUUUCUGGGCGCACUCCUCUGCCAAAUCUGAGUGGAUCUUUGGAAGCUUCAUGUGCCAUGCUGUGACAACACUCUACAUGCUGGGAUUCUAUGGAAGUAUCUUCUUCAUGAUUCUCAUGACCGCAGACCGCUAUGCUGUCAUCGUUCACGCCCAUACCUCUCUCUUUUCCAAACACCGGUCUGCCAGAACUGGCACAGCCCUGAGUUUGUUUAUGUGGACACUUAGCUUGGGAGCCUCUCUACCAAACUUAUUUUUUUCCAAAGUAAUAAAAGAUUCAAAUGCAUUGAAAUGCAAGGUGGUGUAUCCCCCAGAGACAUCAUGGAGGCAAUUCUCGUACAUCGAGUUAAACAUCCUUGGUUUGAUCAUACCCCUCUCAGUCAUGAUGUUCUGCUACUCACGUAUAAUCCCCGUCUUAAUGACCAUGAAGUCUCAGAAGAAACACAAAGCUGUUAGGCUUAUCCUAAAUUUGAUCAUUGUUUUCUUCCUCUUCUGGACGCCCUACAACAUUGUCAUCUUCCUGAAGUUCCUGCAGCACUUUGGCUACAUGCAUAGCUGUGAGUGGGAAAAUGACCUGAGCAUGGCUAUGCAGUGGGUGGAAACCUUAGCGUUCAGUCAUUGCUGCCUCAACCCCAUAAUCUAUGCAUUCGUGGGGCAGAAAUUCAGAAAUUUGGUCCUCAAGAUUCUGAAAGAGUGGUUUCCCCUUUGCUUUGGUCGCUGCACAGUUAUCAUUAGUGAGUUCUCAGAGAGGAGGAGCUCUGUGCACUCUCGCUCAUCAGAGAUAUCCUCUACAAACUUUGUUUAGCCACAAGAACAAAGUUCUUAACAGAGGAAAUAAAAAACUGUACAUUUGAGCAAUAAAGGACAACAUUACUGCUUCAGUUCUUUUAAUUUUCUAAAAAGAUGUCAUUAAGGAUAUUUACAUUAGCUUGUUUUUCCCCCCAUUUGUUUCAGGUGAUUUAUUUUAGUCUUUACAUUUUUAACUAUAAUUGUUCUGCAUUUUUGUUUUGGAUUAUGCAAAGCAUUUGUACAUUUUUGGAUUUGCAGCUGAAUGGUAAAAAAAAUCUUAAUGCGACUGUACAUUUAUCAAUAAUAACUAAAAUAACAAAAAGAUUCACUAUUUGAGGCUGUAAAAAGCAUUAGUUGAAAAAGGUCACAAAUAACACUGUCUGGA